UUCAAACAAUCGCAGUUAAGAGGACCAAGCGUGAAUAAAUAUGGAAGCUUGUACGUUCGUAACGAUCACGUUUCAUUUAUGUAAAGGAGGAACAAAGUAACAUAUAUAUAAUUAUGUUAAAUAUAUUGUCACAGCGAAUAUCAAAUCUAGUUCGUUAUAAAAUUAUUAGUGUAAAAAAUAUUAAGGUACGCAGACAAGUGAGAUAUAAGUCCACGUAUGAAAGUUGGAAAAAGAAUAGAAUGGCUAACGAACCGUUACCAUCGUCAAGAGCAGACCCUGUUAUAGCGAAGCUGGAUAGCCCGGAAUUUCUUUCUGUGUUUACUCCAGAACUAAGGACUCUCGUUGACUUGUUUAAAAAGUAUAAUUAUGAGUUGAGGAUUGCCGGCGGCGCCGUGCGUGACAUUUUAAUGAACAAACAUCCAACGGACCUUGACUUCGCAACCAAUGCAACGCCAAAUCAAAUGAAGGAAAUAUUCGAGAACGAGAAUAUCAGAAUGUUAAAUGUGAAAGGCGAAAAACACGGUACAAUAACCGUGAGAAUAAACGACAAAGACAAUUUCGAAGUAACCACUUUGAGGAUCGACAAUGUAACAGAUGGACGGCAUGCAGAAGUGGAAUUUACAAAGGACUGGAAGUUGGAUGCAUGCAGGAGAGAUCUGACUAUUAAUUCCAUGUUUCUCGACUUCGAUGGCAAAUUAUAUGACUAUUUCUAUGGCUAUGAUGAUCUGAAGAAUAAAAGAAUAGUUUUUGUGGGCAACGUUAAUUGUAGGAUAUGUGAAGAUUAUCUUCGAAUUCUCAGAUACUUUCGUUUUUAUGGAAGGAUUAUGGAUAAUCCCGAUCAGCACGACGAAGCUACGAUAAAAGCAAUAAAAGAAAAUAUCGACGGCUUACAGCGAAUAUCUGGUGAGAGAAUUUGGAGCGAAUGGAAAAAGAUUUUAACGGAAAAAUUUGCUCUAGAAAUGACGUUGAAAAUGCUAGAAUGCGGUAGCGGUAAAUACAUAGGUUUACCCGAGAAACCCGACGUGGAUAACUUUCAAAUUGUUUGUCGACGCGCAUUAUCCAACAAUGUGGCCUUAAAGCCUAUAUCUAUGAUCGUGUCGAUGCUGAAAGAUCAGCAGGAAGUCAUGAACGUGCACAGUCGCUUGAAAUUGUCCAAUUCUGAUCGAGAUCUAGCGUUGUUUCUAGUUCAGCACAGAGAAUACAUUCCUUGCGAGCAACCGUUGAAGCCGUAUCAGCAGUUAGUAUUUAUUUCGCAGACAAACAAGUCAAUCGACGUCAAUCGCGAAUAUAUAAUAGAGAUAUUGAAAUAUCAAGGAGCCAUAGAACUUUUGGACGAAUUUGAAAAAUGGGUAAUUCCGAAAUUUCCCAUCAAAGGCAUCAUGCUGAGAAAUCAUGUGCCACAUCCGAAAGUAACUAGCGUUGUCCUACGUGAAUUGAAGAAGAUAUGGGUGAAUGAUAACUUUAAGAGUACUAGUGACCAACUUAUGGAAUAUGUACCAUGUAUAAUUAAUGAAUUAAACAAUAAAAUGGCACUAUAAUUUAAAAAA